AUGGAGCAAAGACCUGUGUCCCAGGAUGUGUUUGUUCCCCCGCAUCCUCUGAUAAAGCACUGGAUUUCAGUUCUUCGAAAUGAAGACACGCCUUGCGCAAUCUUCAAGAAUGCCAUGGCUGAGCUAGGGAGAUUGCUUAUAUACGAGGCAUCGAGAGAUUGGCUGCCCACAGUAAGUGGAGAGAUUCAGACACCAAUGUGUCUUGCUUCUGUGGAAUUUAUUGAUCAAAGGGAUCCAGUAGUGGUUGUUCCCAUCUUGAGAGCAGGUCUUGCUUUGGCAGAGCAUGCAUCAUCUAUUUUGCCAGCAAUGAAAACAUAUCAUCUUGGCAUUAGCAGAGAUGAAGAAACGCUUCAGCCAACUGUUUAUCUAAACAAGUUGCCUAAGAGAUUUCCUGACGGUUGCCGAGUUUUUGUUGUAGAUCCUAUGCUUGCCACAGGUGGCACAGUAGUUGCAGCUCUUGAACUGAUAAUGGAGCGUGGUGCUGACAACAAACAAGUCAAAGUGAUAUCUGCCGUUGCUUCUCCUCCUGCCCUACAAAAGCUCAGUGAGAAGUUUCCUGGGCUUCAAGUAUAUGCUGGAAUUAUUGACCCCACUGUUAAUGAGAAAGGGUUUAUAAUUCCUGGACUUGGAGAUGCAGGAGACCGUAGCUUUGCCACAUAA